GUUAUGCAAAAAACGCUUUAAAAUAACCACGAAACCGAUAGUUGUUCAUCAGAAUAAGUAAACUUUGCCGGUAGAAGAAGCUUGCAAAAGUUACAUUUAAAACCACGAAAAUGUUUCAAGUUUUGAGUUUUAUCGUCGGAUUCGCAAGCAUUUUUUAUGUCCAAAGUAUAGCGCCCGUCCAGGAAACAACAUAUUCUACAAGUGAACUUCAAGCUACACCAUCAUUAUUACUAGUUGGAGGAGACCCUAUGAAACUAAAAGUCCUUACUUGACACCGUCAAAACUAGACCCAUAUGCGACCAGAAGUGGUUAUGAGUCAAUGACUAAAGUUGUAGAUCCUUAUUAUCGUACUCAAAGUACGCCAAUGCAAGUUCCAAGCCACACAGCAUUCCCUUACCCCUAUUCGAAACCAUUAGAUCCUCCUUAUCGUACACAAAGUAUGUCAGUGCAAGUUCAUAGCAACUCACCAAUUCCUCAUCCCAACUCAAAACCAUAUCCUUAUCCUACACAAAGUAUGCCAUGGCGAAGCUCCACAGUACUCUCUCGUCCCACUUCUAAACCAAAUAGACCUUUGUAUGACGAUUGUGUUUCAUACUUCAACAAGGACUGUUACCCGCGUGGAGCAAAUGCAUCUUCCUAUUUAAUUAAAGCAAGAAACAAGUAUGGAUAUAACAUGAAUCAAUACUGUCGCGAUGAGAAGACCUUAAAUGGCUGCCCAAAAUGUCGUGAACCCAAAUGUCGAGGAAAUGGAUGGACACAAGUGGCAUCACUUCCCUUAACCAAGGCUGCAGCCUAUGAUUCAGAAGUUUGGACUUCAAAAAUGAGUAAUUCUGUCACAAACGACUUGUUUUGGAGCGCCAACGUCAGUGAAGUAUGCGUCACUGUGAAAAAUGUAUUGGAAAUUCAAUUCUCAAUGAAAGCGCCAUCAUUGCGAAGCCUCUUUUUUGAGAAGAGGUUGAUUAAUGUAUCGCUUGCAUCUUGGAUUAAUGCAACAAACUUAAGCGAACAAAAUCGCACGGAUCUACAACCAAUAACACUUUUUCCCCAAUGCUAUGAAAUCGGCUUCAACGUUGGAGAUCCUAAAUAUGCAGCUGCUCGUAUUGGAGUCGUUAAGAAGAACAUAACAGGUUGUGAAUCGUUGCCAAACAUUGGUUUCGGUGUUGGCCUGUCGUUCUCCUCAAGUGACUAUCCAAUUCAUGGCGUCAGUUAUGUGGAUGUGCAGACGAUACAAGGUUAUGGCAACAUUUAUGUCCGUUCACGACCUUCAAACAACUAUAGAUACCCUACCCCUACCCCUAGCCUUACCCCUACCCCCAAAGCAAUGAAAUGAAAUAACAAUAUAUUCACGCAUUUCGACAUUUUUAUGGCUUCAAUACUAUAACUCGAAUAAACUAAAGUAAAUAUUCAUGAACAUUUAAAUCCAAAGGACGUCUGUAUGUAAUCUUGAUACAAAAUUGCGCCAACUGUGAGGGAUGCGUCGAGACGUUAAUUUCUUGCGUGUAUUUCUGUACAAGUUAAGUUUUUUAUACUUAAGUUGUUAAGUUUAUUUCAUAUUUGGUAUAUAUAUAUAGCAAGCUCAUUCCAUUCAUCAAUAAAUUAUUAUAAUAACUGA